CAUUAAAUUAAAAUGUUCCUGAUGCCAACCUCUUCAGAAUUAAACAGUGGGCAGGACUUUCUAACCCAGUGGAUGACCAGUCCUUCUCGGGCUGGGGUCAUAGUAAAUCAAGGAUUUCCUAUUCUGGAAGCAGACGAGAAGCAAGCAGCGACAAAUGUUUCCACCAGCUUCCCUGUUAAAGCCAUCCACUUUUCGAAUAGCUUCAGCAUUAGUAGUGAAGAAGAUUCAUUUCGUGAAGAACAGAAGUUGGAGGCUGGAGGACCUUAUAAACUACAUUCAGAAAACUCUGAUGCUCACAUAGUCUUUCCUUUAAUUAAAAAGGAACCAACAUUGACAUGUCAGGAUACCCCUGGAUAUCAGGAGGAUAACAAAAAUGACUUUAUGCCUGAUCUUGCGAGUGAACUCAAAGAAGUGGCUAAUAAAAACCCGCUUUUUAAAAAACUAGAACAGCUGAAAGAACUACAGCAAAAGAAGCAGGAGCAACUGAAGAGGCAGCAGCUGGAGCAACUGCAGAGGCUCAUGGAGGAGCAAGAGAAGCUGCUCGUCAUGGUGUCUGGGCAGCACGUGUUUCCAG